AUGGGAGUUUCGUCGACACCGGAGCGAGAUGCUUUGACCCAGCAUGAAGGCUGCGAGAAGCAAUUCUCCCGACUGGACACGUACCAAAGGCAUCAACGAACGCAUCGAGAGGACUCUAAGCGUUUCCCAUGCAAGUAUUGCAAGAAGUACCGAGGAAAGAAUGGCUUCAAACGCAAGGAUCAUCUCACACAGCACGUUCGGAAUUAUCAUCAUAUUGGCGAAGGCGAUCAGGUCUGCAAGCUGGACGACCGCAAGUGGUGCCCAAAGAAAGAGUGUCCCGAAUCGAGACCUGCUAGCGUAGACGACUGGCAACAAGGUGCUUUCGCGACUUCCAAGGAAUGGGUCAAGCAUAUGCGUACUGUGCACGACGAAUCCGGAUUCUCCUGCCCACAGGCUGGCUGCGAUCGCAUCAAUGGAAAAGGAUACUUUCGCCCUGCGGACCUCCGAAUUCAUCUACGCAAAGCCCAUGGCACGGAUGGCUCUUUCGACCAGAGCAUUCGGAACGACUUGAGCACUGAUCUUUGGUCCUAA